AUGGAAUCUUCUUCUCAUGUGCCUGUCCAGCAAGGACAAGUUCAUAGUCUGGGCUGGUUUCAAUAUGGGUCUGACCCCGAGUCUGAGUUCGAGAUCAUCGCGAGGAAUCCCACUGUCAAACCAUACAGUGUAACCAAGUCAAUGAUAAGUGAAAACACGCCUGCCGAAACACCCAAUGGCGGGGGGAGGGAGACGUCCUGGCCAGACUUUGAGGAGUUCACACGCCUCGUCUGCGGCGACCGCGAACAUUCAAGCCCUUCCCGCAGCUGCAUACUACGGCCGUUCCCUCGUCGGCAAUUCCAAUGCACCGUUACAAAGUGCAGCAGUCGCUUUCGAUAUCUCAAAGGCCUACAGCGUCAUCUGGCCAGCCACCUGGAUGAAAGGCCGUAUGUCUGCUGGGUUCUAGAGUGCCAGCGCCCCUUCACCCGUGGCGACAACCUCAAAGCCCAUUAUGCAACGCAUGGUAGACCAGAAGGCCGCAAUCGCUACGUGGCUACUCUGGAUCGGACUAGCUCAGCCUACGAUUCUUGUUUUCGUGGACGGCUGACGUCCGAUGGGCGGCCGGUCAUGGAGGGAAAUGCAGGCUCGUCCGAUAUGUAA